UUCGGGGGGCUUUUCCGCUUUCCCUCAUGUUCCCCUUGUUCCCUUUUGGGCGCCUGUUGAUUGGCUGACUCCAGGCGGCCCGAUGGGGGCGGGGAAUCCCACCGUUUCAGGGGAAACCGAAACCCAGGUCCCGGCGGCCUGCCAGCCCCGGCAGCCCCACACCGUGUGACCUAGAGCCAGUCGUUGCCUUUACUGGGCCUCAGUUUUCCUUCUAGGAGCCAUGUCCACCUUGUUCCCCUCACUCUUCCCCCGUGUGACUGAGACACUGUGGUUUAAUCUGGAUCGACCCUGUGUGGAGGAGACAGAGCUGCAGCAGCAAGAACAGCAGCAUCAGGCCUGGCUCCAGAGCAUUGCAGAGAAAGACAACAACCUGGUACCUAUUGGCAAGCCGGCCUCAGAGCACUAUGACGAUGAGGAAGAGGAAGAUGAAGAUGACGAUGAGGAUAGUGAAGAGGACUCAGAGGAUGACGAGGACAUGCAGGACAUGGAUGAGAUGAAUGACUACAAUGAGUCACCUGAUGAUGGAGAGGUCAAUGAGCCUCCUCUUCAGGUGGACAUGGAAGGCAACGAACAGGAUCAGGACCAGUGGAUGAUCUAGGUAGACAAGAAAGGGGGUCCAAGGAUGGCUCUGGACCUCCUACAGAACCAGCUGAUCACCCACCCCCAUGCCCCACCCCAGUGCCUGAAUGCUCAUCCUCGGGCACUUCCUCAGCUGCUGCCAGGACCUGAUCUUCUUGGUCCCUCCCAGGCCAUCAGUAUGCCCUUGAAUCCCCAGGGCCUGAGCCCAGCCCCCUCCCUUCUAGCCAGCACCUCACCCCUUGUUUGUCAGAUCUAGUCUCUUUCUAACUUUAAUAAAGACACAGGACUGAUUUUUUUCCCCA